GAGGUUGGAGACUUGUAGCAAGUGUCAUCUGACGACCGGAGCAGGUUCCGGCUGGGGUGUAUAAAAGGGCCCCUGCAAGAGUUUGAGACCCACACACCAAGCAGAGGAGCUCAGCUUUCGAAGGGAAGACUUUGCAAGGCCUUGCUGAACUGACAACAUGUUGAGCCCCGCGUCCUCCGUGGCGGCCGCGUUUCUGCUGGCGGCGCUGCUGCCCGCGGGCGCGUCCGCCUGGGAUCUGGUCAACGACUGGAGGAGUCUCAAGACGGUGCACGGCUCCGUGCAGACGUUCAUCGUGGAUCUGCACAACGACCUGCGUCGCAACGUCACCCCCUCGGCGGGCAACAUGCUGCAGAUGAUGUGGAAAAAGGAAGCCUACUUGAACGCCCUGUCCUGGGCUAACAACUGCACCUUCGGCCACAGUCCGGACGCCAGACGCAAAACGACACAGUGGACGUGCGGAGAGAACAUCUUCAUGUCGAGCGCGCCCUUCACGUGGAACUACGCCAUCCGCGACUGGUAUAACGAGGUGAUCUCGCCCGGCUUCCAGUACGACGUGGGGUCCACGACGACCGGAGCCGUCGGCCACUACACCCAGCUGGUUUGGUACAACUCCUUCCAGCUUGGUUGCGCAGUCAACUACUGCCCAAAAAAUCCGGGCGUGGCCAAGUACCUCUACGUAUGCCACUACUGCCCCAUGGGAAACCUGAACACCCGCAUCAACCGACCCUACGACCUGGGCACUAGCUGCGCCUCCUGCCCCAAGAACUGUGUCAAUAACCUGUGCGACAACCCGUGCAAGUACAAGAACGGCUACGCCAAUUGUGCGGCGAUGGUGGCACAGUACACGUGCAAGAACGCCAUCAUUCUAAAGAACUGCCCUGCCAGCUGCAAUUGCCAAGGACGGAUUUAAUGAAGGCUCCAAAAUGACCAGACUCCAGGACUCGACUAGAUACAGUACUCACUUCCAACAAACUCUCUUUUUUUUACUUUAUUUUAUCAUUGGCAGAGCUGUAAGUGGCACUGCUUCUUUGGAGAGGGUGGCUCUACCUACUUGACUGGCCUGGCAGACACAUUCUGCACAUCUGUGAGAAAAAGAGCUUCAUAGAUUAUCGGAUUUCUCCAGUAUAAAUAUUGUACUGAUUCAUUCAUGCAACAGAUCGAGCUCUCCAUCGCGCCUUCUGGCCGUACCGCGUGUUGUUCGGAACAAUGCCCGACGUUUCACUCCGUGUGCUGGUGGGAGCGUCCUCAGGAAUUUAAUUUAAGAAGCUCCGAACAACACACGGUGCAAUCCCCCACCGCCUCCCCCUACUAAAACACGCGAAACAGCACAACCGUGAAAAUCUGCGCUGGAAGCAUUCAAAAAUGUGUGCUCACGUUCAUCCUUUCCGUCCUUUGUUAGGUUGAAUUCAUUUUUGGCGCGAACUGAUCAGUGCACGUAUGCUGGCAAAUAGCAAUGUGGAUUAAUUAUUCUCAUACUCCAUCUGGUGUGAUCUAAAGGACCCUCCGAACAGAUUUCAAUCUCCAUUUUUCUUGAGAAGGCAUCGAAAGCACGCUGGUGGUGUGGAGGUUGGCUCGUUAGACGCACCGGGUUUGAUCUGCACUCAAGCUGGUGUGAAGUACCAGGCACAAUUCAAUAUCCACUCGUGCCUUGGACUGUUAGUUCCGUUAUAAUUAAAUACGUUUAUAACGCAGAUUUUCCUUGGUGGGAUAAAACCUGGGCAACCCCCACCCCCCCUGUCACCGCCACCUGCAUCCUCUGAUGUGCUGGCACGUGUUGUGUAAGGGAUAGAGAAAUGUCACGCGGAGGAGGUGCGAACACGCUGCGUGAUGUGCUGAGCCUCGUGUCUCCAGUUAGUCAUCAUCCUGGGAGCUGUGCUGCCUGCUAAGGCGACAGCUCUGCCUCUCGAACCAGUGUCACAAAUGCAAUCAAAAUCACAAUCUCUAUGCAUUGCACAGCUUUGGAGAAAGUGCCCUGUGCUUUCCUUGCAUGUGAAAAAAAACCCAAAAUGUAAAUUUACUGCAAAUUAGGCCGAUAUAUAAUUAGACUUGGGUGGAAUUGUAGCGCAGUGGGUAGCGCGCUGUGCUCUGAACCCGGUGACCUACCUAUUAAGGCCUCCUCCACACGACGCCUGUCUUGUGGGUUGCUUAACCAUACUUCACCGCACUGGUCAGUGGCAUGACCAGCAAUCAAACUCAGGUCGCUAGGUUCAUAGCACACUAAGUACAAAGGAUUACUUAGACUGUUAACAGUGGCUGAAACAUACCAUCUACAAUAUAAGACCAAUGUACGCAACAUUUCUAAAUCUGGUGGUGUACGUAUACGUGUUUGUUGAACUUCUUUCGCACCAUACAUAGCCAACCUUGCUAAUCGGUGGUGCGAGGGAAGGACCACAGAGUGGGUGAUGCUUUCACCAUAAUAGCCUUAACUGGUGUGGAGGGAUGAGCAGAGUUUGGUAAGGCGGUGCGGUUUGCCCUGUGUCUCAUUUUAUAACCACGCAGAACUGUGGUUACAGAGCCAUGGUUAUGUUUGGGUUCGGCAUUUAGCCGUUGUCACCUCCGAUCAUCGCGGUUGGCUACGUACGGUGUGAAAAAAAUGCAACGUCCAUUCAUACAUACACCUAGGUCAGUGUAGCACUUGCGAUGUUGGUGAAGCGAGCAGGCGCCCUUCUCCAUCUCUCUCGUUGGUGCACGCUGCAUUGUCUGUCUUAGAGGCAUUGUCUGUCUUAGAUGCAUUGUCUGUCUUAGAGGCAUUGUCUGUCUUAGAGGCAUUGUCUGUCUUAGAGGCAUUGUCUGUCUUAGAGGCAUUGUCUGUCUUAGAGGCAUUGUCUGUCUUAGAGGCAUUGUCUGUCUUAGAGGCAUUGUCUGUCUUAGGAGUGGGUUUCAUUGCUAACUUUUUAUUGCUUUUUAUGUCUUAAAUAGUGUUUAAAUUAAUAGUUUUAAGAGGCAUUUAUUGUACUGUACUGCAGUUGCAGUAGUUGAAUAUGCAUUGGGGGGUAUUGUAUAGUUUUUAAAAUAGUGUUUCUAUGAAUGGGGAACGUGCUGUCCUUUUAAGUCCAUGGGUUUAUGUUAAAAUGUUUACUCUAUAUACAUGCACAGCGUAUACGGUAUUACUCUUACAAAGGGCCUCUGAUUUAAUUCACAUUUGAAUCAGAAUGUUCCCUCAAUAAGCGUACAAACAAUUCCGCUGCCGAUGAUAAUGCUUGAAUGCACCUUGCGCUGCUCUUGUCGCAUCCGGAGAGUCUAAAUAAAUCAACACACAUUGGUCCUAGCCGACAAUGCACGCGGUUUUUCUCUCGGCUCAGGUGGUGACUCAAUAAGAAAGGCGUGUGGAGCGUUUUCAGUGACCACGCAGUUCGCCUUAACACCGUGGAUGCAGCAGGCGGUCAUGUGACUCAGAGGGCUUCAUGUCCGUGCCAAAGACACUGAGACAGAACCACUGAGAGCAUGGGUUUGAAUCAAAGUUUCACCCACCCUGUGCUUAAACCGAGAUUCUCAAGUUUAGUGAGUUUACGGUCUCAGUAAGUCGCCAAUGACUGCUCACAAAAAUCCAUCACAUUAAACAAUGACAUUUACUUCAUCUGCCUGAAUUUAGUUUUGAACGUUAUAACAGUGGUCUGAUUGGCACGUGACGAGCGCUCCCUGUUUUUGAAUUUAAAAUGUGUUCCCCUCUAGCAGGAAUAACCUGACUCCAGAAGUAGAACACACACACACGUCAUCGUGCACUGCGAGCUGAGACUUCUGAAUGGAUAUACUGUAUCUCCAUCUCGUGACAAAAAAUACACAAUUGGAAUUAACUUAUGAGAUAUUAAAAAAACGAAAACAAAUCGGUCAUGUUCACCAAUAUCAUGGUUACGCAUUGGCUAUUUUAAUCAGUAUAACAAUAUACCUUGUGCUUGUGUAAAAGUGGUAAACUGGAAUUCAUGGAAUAGUUUAUAGUGUGUUUUAGUUAUAUCGAAAAUACAUUGACUUUGUUACCAACCCUACUGAACUAUAGUGGUAUGCUUCCAGUUUUAAACACCUUUGUUUCCGAUAUUCAAAGCGAACCAAUCAUAUCACUUGUAAGCUGCAGGGAGGGAGAAUUUCGACAUUUUCGCUUUGAAAAAUCCGGAAAGGCGUUUUAAAAAAUUGGCAGCACCCCGCUUAAAUCGGCCGUGUUGGCAAAUACGCAUCUAUUAAUACGUCGUUACGUCGCUGAUUUUCAGUGAUACUUUUACGACAACGUGCUGUGUAAAUGCGGUUGAUGGUACGCGACUUGGUGCAGGGAAUCGUCUUCAUAAUGGAUUGCUCCACACCCGUACUCUCACACCUGCGCUGCUUGAUACCAACACGUGCUACUGUGCUCGCAGGCGAUGGGGGGUCGCUGUGGAGUCAUUCAUUUACAAGAGGGGUGAAACCUAGCAGUGGCCGGGUUCACGUGAUCUCGCCGUGACACAGUUGAAUAUAUGCAUACCACAUGCACGCAGGCAUAUGUGAAUCUACUACUCUUGGUUAAUGUUGUAUUAUAGAAUGAUUAUAUUAAUGUGCGUGUGGUACACCCCACCUUACAUUGUAAUGGUAUUCUUUGUUUUGUCUUGGAAAACGGUCUUUUUCGGGAGGGUCUCGCUUGGGAUCUUUGGACAAUUCCUCAUUGAGUAUUUCAGCGUGUAACCGGUAUGUGCCUGUGUAACCGGUAACCGGUGUGCCUAACGGAAACCAACACGAGGGGAUGACACCCAAAAGCCACACAGAGGUCAGCGAACUCCGUGCUACCCUGCCACGUACGGGUCACCUCAGAGCCCCGCAGGUCGGGAGUCUCACCGACAAGCUUGCAUGAUCCACCAACCCCUGCUGCCACAGUGCCGGAUGACCUCAGUGCGCAGAGGCAUCGGUUUUCUCUGGGAGCAAUGUUCACCCCUUGGCGACAUUGAGCAGUCCGAGUGGGACGUGCCACGCGUGUGCAGCAGCAACACGAGCCCAAUUGUAGAUGAUGCGCGCGUGGGUUUCGCCUUUCGGAAUGUUCCGUCCACAGGCGGUGGGAUGUCGCGGCGCCCAAACAAGUGGCGACACGAGGCAUAAACACAACCAAGCUGCUAGAAUGCUCCCAGGAAAAUUAAGAGAACAUCAAAUUCAAAUCCUAUUAAACACAACAAGCUCAUUCACAUGAAAAGUAAAUGAAUCUCUCUCGUCUAUCUCGUCGACAUCAUAUCUUCUGUCAUCUCACUACAUCUCCAAGCAUCGUCUGCAUCUUUCUGUCUGCGUCACGAGGCGUUCAUUAUAUUAUAAAAAGGAUACCACAAAUAAUGUCUGGACACGCACCACCACUGAUGACAUACUCGAGUCCAUCAGGCCACUUGGAUCCAAGAGGCAACGCCUCUGUCAACAGGAAUCUGGAUUGAACGGGGGUCAUUGGGAGUGGAAUUUGCAAACACGAGGAUGGAGGUGUCCCUUCGCGGUUCGAGGUUGUUUCCUCAGGCAUGGCGUCAGCAUUAACAAUAGAAUGCUGAGGGUUGGGACGUGAUUAUACACCCUUUGCUUAAUGAUGGAAGAUAUGUUUUGUAUACUCAAACAUUAAAUAAAUAAUUUUACGUACCA